AUGGCAAAGGUUGGACUGCUAUCAGCAUGGGAAAGUGCACCGGAUAUCUUGAGAACAGAGGAUCUCCAGCAACAUCGACACGUACGCCCUCAUUCUGAAUCAACUCCGCGUCCCGAUUCUGGUGCAAAUCAUCAUGGUAGAAGAUACUGCCAGCAGUCAGAAGUUCGGAUGUAUAAAGACGAUCCCAGUCGAAGAAGAGCCGACCAAGUUAGGACCCAUCUGAGAGGGGCUCUCCGAACACCGCAACAUCUUUUGAAUACCGAUGGCGCACAAGAUCCGCCAUACCCUGUGACUCCUCCGCCCCAGAGACUCGACACUGUUCCGCCACAGAUUGGCUACAGAGCACCAACACCUUUACCAACUCUUCCGGCCUCCAAUGUGCCACCCUCAAUCCAGAAACUAGACAACAAACCACCUCGUUUGCUGCGAACCCAGCGGCGAUGUGUCCACAAUCUCGACGGGUCAUUGCCGGCGCUCAGUAUAUCAGCACUGGCAUCUGGCUCAAUUCUGCUAGUUUCUGCCAUCUUGUUUGUUCGAAGUGUGAUGGUGGGUACCCCUCAUGGAAUUGUUGGAAGAUCUGCACUAGUAGUGUUCUUCGCCCUCUCCGUGGCAGCUUUCAUCGUCUCCUUUGGUUUGAUAUUGGGUGUCUUAUGCCGCAGGGCACGUGCGACAAAGACCGCCGCUGUCAGGGCCCAAGUCAGACAAGAGAUUGAGUUGGGAGAGACCAGAUCGCGUGCUAGCGAGGGUGGAUUGCCGAUGUAUGAUAUGCGUCGACGUAACGCGAUCUGCGAGCGUCGCGAUGAGCCAGAGGUGGUAUCUGGUGUAUGGCCAACGAUUUAUCGUUCUCCUCAGGAUGCCGGUGGGAUCAUCAAUCGUCCAAACGCACCGCCCGUCCGAGUUGCUUCGCGACACCUGUCAAGAGUGCCAUUCUCAAGACCUGCAACUCCACACCCCAAACCGCCAUUGUCACCACUUAUGCCACCUGUGCCUAGCACACCACCACCACCGAUCCCAAACCGCAAUCCUGCACGACUUUUCACAGCUGUCAAGGCCGUUCAUGGCCACACCAACGCGGAUGCACUGAGCAUGACUGUCCAGCCGAGCCCAGAAUCCGGCGUCUCUCCUCGAACUGUACCAGUGAAGUCAACACCACAGAUCGACCACAAUGGCACUGUUUCUGGUCGCUCAACGCAGAUGUUCAACCAGCACAUGCUCACAGCUGGUACACGCGAGCUGCAAGCAUAUCUGGAUGCGUCGCCAACCUCCAGCUUGAACACACUUGCAGCUUACCGGCACAGCGACAAUGGUUCAACUUCGACUCAGGCCAUCAUGAGUGACGACCGUAGUGUGUACAGCGAUGAUCACGGUCCAAUCGACGAUGAUGAGAGCUAUGUAGGUGAAGCCUCGGUGUUAAGUAUGCGAAAAGUCGGCAAGGCUCGUGAGUGUUACAUCCCAGCCGCGAAGAGCAAUAUGUCUGCAACCAAGUCCCCCAAGGCCAAGAAGAAGCGGCGAUCAAAUCUCAAGGUCUUCACUGAGAUCGCAAAUCUCGAGGGUGAGAAGGGCAAACCUCAGAAGCAUCAAAGGGUGCUGAGUCCAUUGCCAAGUGCACCUAUGCUGCUCUCUGAGCAGAGGAACAAGUCAAGUCAGCUGUCUCCAGUCAGGCGACGCCACAGUCUGAGUCCAAAGAAGCUGUCAUCUGUUGUCAAGCCAAAAGCGGUUGGGUUGGGAAUAAGAAUGGGUAGAGACAAAGGGAAGGAAAAUGUAGAUCCUGGCCGAGCAGAGGUGGAAACAUGGAGCGCUCUAGGCGACGUCUGA